UUUUUUUUGGAAGAAUAAGGAGGUUAAAAGAGCGGAUAGAAGACGGAGUGAGUUAGAAGAGAGCCUUUGCCAAGACAAUGUGCCUCGCGAGUGAGUAAAAGAUUGAGUGUGAUAGUCAAAGAAGAAACCAGCGUGUUAGUGACUGUAUUUUUUUUAGUCAGGAUUUUUUCUUUUGAGUUUUUGUUUAGUAAACAAGGGCAGACUCGAUCGAACAGGCGAAUCUUUUUUUUUCUGAGUGAAAGAACUCGCAAUUGUCCGACCCGCUGGUGAGUUGGAGAGAGCGAGAAACUAUAGGCACCGGCGGCGUCGUGACAAUUUGGCGACCCCGACGUGAUUCGCCUGUUGUGGGUCUGUCUGCGUCGUGAAGAAGUCGUCAGAUUUGUUUUAUAGAGAUUUGCAGAAUAGAAGGAAAAUGGCUGCUCAAGAAGAAAUUGUGAUAGAUGUUGCAACCUAUAAGGAGGAAGGAAAAACAAUUGGACUAGAAGGUGAAGCUUUGACAAAAUAUAUACUACAGUGCAUAGAGAGACAUGAGCGACGCUUAGCACGAGCAGCAGAGAAAGAGAAAGCAGAGAGAGAAGAGAAACUAGAGAAAGAGAAAGCAGAGAGAGAAGAGAGACUAGAGAAAGAGAAAGCAGAGAGAGAAGAGAGACUAGAGAAAGAGAAAGCAGAGAGAGAAGAGAGACUACAGAAAGCAGAGAGAGAAGAGAGACUAGAGAAAGCAGAGAGAGAAGAGAGACUACAGAAAGCAGAGAGAGAAGAGAGAGCCGAAAGAGAAAGAAGAGAAUUUGAAUUAGAAAAGCUACGGUUGGAAAACAGCGAAAGGAUAAUUCACAACGACAGUGAACCCGGCCGUGGAGGUCGAAAUUUCCAAGGACUAACCCCAAAACUUCCACUUUUUAAGGAAGAACUCGACGACAUAGACUCAUUUUUAUAUCGAUUCGAAUCACACGCUAACGCCCUCCGAUGGCCAAAGGAUCUAUGGCCUCUCCACCUUUCAGCCAUUCUUCAGGGAGAAUCUCUUAAACUUUACCAUGCUCUUUGUAUUCAUGGAUCUGUUGAAUACGAAAAACUAAAAAGAGAACUAUUAACUAAAUUCCAGUGCACAGAGGAAGGUUAUCGUGAACGACUAAGAAGCAUUCGACCCCAAAUGGGAGAGUCUAUGAUAUCCUUCUCGACAAGAUUAAUAAGUAUAGCUGACCGAUGGGUGGAACUAUCUAAUGUCGAAAAGUCAUACAACGGAUUACGAGAUCUUCUUUUGCGUGAGCAGUUAAUUCAAAGCGUUUCAAGAGACCUGGCGGUUUUUCUGAGAGAAAGAGCUCCUAGCUCCGUUGAAGAAAUGAUAGACUGUGCUGAAAAGUAUAGACAAGCCCACCCAAACAAGAUCUUGGCUCGGCGACCUGAAAACGCCGUAGCUGCUAACGCUACGUAUCAUCAGCCAGGCAAACCCAACUUUCCUCAAUCAUACCCUCCUAGAAUGCCUAACACCCAAACCAUAUCUCUCCCUACACUAAGUCGUCCUACUGCCCCGAUACCUCCCUCACACCCUUCCGAAUACCAACGAAACAAUCAACCUAGACAAUUCCAACCCCGUUCCCCUCCUACGUCUGAAAGCAUCCAGUGUUAUGCUUGUCGUGGGUAUGGCCAUCUAGCCCGCGAGUGUGCUAAUACACUGCGUCGCGAACACAAUACCGCCGCAGCAGUGGACACGGAGGAGGCAACCGCCAACAUUGCCGUCUUAUGUUCCUCCUCGAUCCCUAACGAAUUGGGACAGCUACAUCUUUUCCAAGGAGAAGUGAAAGGGAAGUCCGUCCAAGUUUUGCGAGAUACAGGAGCAACAAUCUCAGGCAUUCGGGCAAGUUUGGUGGCCCCACAUGAGUAUUUAAAUAAACGCCAGACAUGUAUAACAUUUGGCGGACGGCGAGAGAUCUUCCCGUUGGCAAGAGUCCAAGUGAGAACUCCAUUCUAUAUUGGGCCCCUCACGUGUUGCGUGAUCAAAAGCCCCAUUGUUGACCUAAUCAUUGGAAAUGUUAGAAGAGAAGCUACUCGUUGUGAUGUAGAAUCUGAGAGGACCAAGGCUCAAAAUGUGUCACAAACACAACAGCCGACAAUACCGAGAGAAUCGACUCCUCAAGAGGUUCAUGAAACACUGAACCGUAAAAUCAACGACAUGAGUGAUGAAAUCAGAGAGUUGCGACAAUGUUUACAGAACUUUAAAGAAAAUACUGAACGUGAUGAAUGCAGACUGCAGAGAGAACUCAGAGACCGGGACAAAGAAAUUAUUGGGCUUAAAGAUGAGACAGAGGUUUGGCGAAAAGAAAGAGAUGAAUUGUGUAAACAACAGUGGGUGACAGUUGGUGACUUUGCAGAAAAGGUUCGUGAACUUGAAUUAGGUCAUAAGAAACAGUCUAAUGACCUACAGAAAGCCUUGGCAGAAAUCAAAUUCUUCAAGGAGCGUGAAGAAAGCAUGAAGAAAGAACUUGAGAACACUGUAACAAAAGAGAAAUAUCUGGACAAGGAGAUAUCGGCCAAUGGUGAGACUAACAGGGCGGUGGAACGAUUGACAAGACUAAAAAGAGAACCCGAACAAAUCUACGAAGACAAGAGAAAGACUACAAAAGUGUAUCUGGACUCGAGACAUCAGAUGUCGAGAGAAGUAGAGGAAAAGAUGACAGACGCUGGCAUCGUGACCAAAGAGUUUGAGGUUCAUCAGACCUUCAAAGAACUCAAGACAGAUCUGGGAAAAGCCAAGAAGAGACGACCAUUUUCAGAGGACUAUUAUGGAACAACUUUCAAAGAAUUAGGAUAACUGCUGCUAAGUUUUGAUCCGGAGGACAAGGACAAGAAAGAAGAAGAAUGUGAGAGUAUUCAAGAACAGAAAAAAAGAACUAUCAAACUAAUCUUUACAUGACUCUAUAAGGAUAGAAUACAAGCCUUCUAUGACUGUUGAUUUUUUAAAAGGGACGUGUCUUGAGAAAAAGGAUAUUGUUAUUUAAUGUAAAAUUCAGAAAAACAAAGAAUGACUAUGAACAUUAACAUUGGGAAUAGUAUAGUGUUUGUCAUGUAACCUAGCUUUACGGACAAUGAAAAAAAAAUUUAGGAAAAUUUUUUUUUCAAUGGAAGGGGGGAGAAAUGUCAUGGAUCUAGUCAGAGUGCUAGGACUGGGCGCGUGUGUAGAUGAAAGCGUGCGAAUGAUGGACGUUGUCUAAAUGGAACAUGAAAAAUGACGGAGAGUGACGUCAAAAGAAAUAGUGAGGUAAGAGAGAGGAUCGUGGAGAGGGGGAUAUGGAAGCAGAAGGACGUGAGAGGACAUUUUUUUUGGAAGAAGAAGGAGGUUAAAAGAGCGGAUAGAAGACGGAGUGAGUUAGAAGAGAGCCUUUGCCAAGACAAUGUGCCUCGCGAGUGAGUAAAAGAUUGAGUGUGAUAGUCAAAGAAGAAACCAGCGUGUUAGUGACUGUAUUUUUUUUAGUCAGGAUUUUUUCUUUUGAGUUUUUGUUUAGUAAACAAGGGCAGACUCGAUCGAACAGGCGAAUCUUUAUUUUUCUGAGUGAAAGAACUCGCAAUUGUCCGACCCGCUGGUGAGUUGGAGAGAGCGAGAAACUAUAGGCACCGGCGGCGUCGUGACAUCUAGCCAUUGCUGAUGUUGCUGUUGUGAUCCUAUUGCAGAUAUAUGGUGUGCAGCUGCUGCCCUCGGAGAGUGUUGCUCUCAAGUACUUGAGCUGUAUAUAUAGAUCUCUGCUUUGCCGCUGCCGUUGAUCAUAACUUUGCUCUUUUCAAUGUUGGGCUCCACUCCAUAUGCAUUUGUUAGUCUGUUGGUGUGGUCUUGC